AUGUCGUUAGUUGCGUGUCCGCCCGACGAUAGUUUUUAUAUGCCUCACCACGCGGUAGUAAAACAAUCAAGCAAUACUACCAAAGUUCGAAUCGUGUUUGACGCGUCGGCAAAAUCAAAGGACAAUGUAUUGUUAAACGAUCUCCUGAUGGUAGGGCCCACUAUUCAGGAAAGAUUAUUUUCUCAUCUGAUUCGCUUUCGCACGUAUAAGUACGUUAUAACCGCGGACAUCGAAAAAAUGUACCGCCAGGUGUUAGUUCACGAGGACGAUAGGCGAUAUCAAAUGAUCCUAUGGCGCGAACAUGAUGAGAUCAAGACAUAUCAAUUAAACACACUUACGUUCGGCGUUUCCUCAUCCCCCUUUCUCGCGAUCCGCGCCAUGCAACAGCUCGCAGACGACGACGGGCAUUUAUUUCCUAAGGCGGCCGCAGUGCUUAAACAACAUUUAUACGUCGACGACCUUUUAUCAGGCGCGAAUUCUGUUCAAGAGGCUCGUAAUUUACGAGAUGAAAUAAUCGCGCUUUUACGACGCGGCGGAUUUGCCAUAAGACAAUGGGCAUCAAACGACGCGCGCGUGAUACGGGAUCUUCCGAACAACGCGUUGCACGCCAAUUAUUUAUUAGGUGACGAUCAUUCAUUAAAAACGCUCGGUAUAUCGUGGAAUACGCGCAACGACAAGAUAUGCUAUUACGCACGGGAAAUCGAAAUAUCAGGGAUAUUAUCCAAACGGAAAAUAUUAUCGGAAAUCGCAAAAAUUUACGAUCCACUAGGUCUGUUAGGGCCAGUAAUCUUAUACGCUAAACAAUUAAUGCAAGAUUUAUGGCGCUCUCAGGUACACUGGGACGAAUCCGUUCCACAAAACAUUUAUUUGAAAUGGUCCGAAUUCUCCCAGCAAUUCAAGGCAAUAGACAAUAUUUCUUUUGACCGUGAAAUAUUCAUAAGCGGACGACAGGGCAUUCAAUUACACGGAUUCUGUGACGCCAGUUGCGUCGGAUACGGGGCGUGUAUCUACGUACGAUCGUUCGAUAAGAAUAAUAAGAGCGUUUGUAAGAUCUUAUGCAGUAAAUCUCGUGUAGCGCCGUUAAAGGCCGUUACAAUACCGCGGCUCGAGUUGUGCGGAGCGUUGCUACUGGCGCGCUUAUAUCGCGAGAUACGAGACACGUUAAAUGUCAUACCCAGUAAAGUAGUAUUCUGGUGCGAUUCCACCAUAGUACUACAUUGGCUAAACACGGCGCCUCACUUACUUAAAACUUACGUUGCGAAUCGCGUAAUAGAGAUACGUGAACUUACUGAAACGCACGCGUGGCGUCACGUACGGUCCGAAGACAAUCCCGCGGACUCAGUUUCGAGGGGUCAAUUGCCACAUGCCUUUUUAAAGAAUGAUAAAUGGCGUGUCGGCCCGGUAUGGCUAAUAAGAGACGAAUCUGAGUGGCCGGAAUCGACAAUGCCAACUGUUGAGGUACCUGAAUUAAAACGAAACAUUUGUUUGACCACAUCCGUCGCCGAUCUCAGUAUUUUAGAAAAAUACUCGUCUCACUUCAAGCUGUGUCGAAUCGUGGCAUAUUGUCUUCGCGUCCGACUGACCAACACUUACCGCGGCCCAUUAUGUCCGGAAGAAAUAAACGCAGCAGAAAUUCGAAUAAUCAAACUGCUUCAAUCGUCUACGUUUGCCGACGAAAUUAAGAAACUAAAAAAUGAACGAUCGCCUUAUCAAGGCAAAUUAAUUAGCUUGAGUCCAUUCUUAGAUAAUGACGGCGUAUUACGCGUGAGAGGACGUCUGCAGUCCUCGAAUUUACCCACACCACAAAAACAUCCGAUGCUGCUCCCCAGUCGAAAUCGCGUGUCUGACCGAAUUAUACGCGAGGUUCAUGAAAAACACUAUCAUACCAGUAUUCAAGGAACUCUGUAUGCGCUAAGGCAGAAGUUUUGGCUGCUCGAUGGCAGAAAUCAAGUUCGGAAAAUAAUACGUGCAUGCGUGCGUUGCCACAGAUUCGAUUCACGAGUGACGGAAUAUAAAAUGGGUAAUUUACCUGAAUCUCGCGUCUGCGAGACGAUACCAUUUACGAAAACGGGCAUUGAUUUUUGCAGUCCUUUCUUUGUUAAAGAAAGAAAACAUCGAAAUAGAGUUCGAAUCAAGGCAUACGUAUGCGUGUUCGUAUGUAUGACCAUAAAGGCGGUGCAUUUAGAACUUCGUGUGGUAGGCGAUUUAUUGUUUACGUUCGAAGAAUUGAGCACUUUCACCACGGAAAUAGAAGGCAUUCUAAAUUCGAGACCUAUAACAUCAAUAUCAUCAGACCCGAACGAUUUACCUGCCCUUACACCUGCCCAUUAUCUAAUUGGCAAACCAAUAACUGCUCUUCCCGAGGGCGAUUUGCGAUCAAUUCCAGAAAAUCGGCUAUCAACGUGGCAACACAUCACAAAGGUGCGACAGGACUUCUGGGCGCGCUGGCAUUUCGAGUAUCUUAAUGAACUUCAGAAGCGUGGCAAAUGGCAUAAGGAUACCCGCAAUUUAUCGGUGGGUGCUGUUGUACUCGUCAAGGAGAGGAAUCUUCCGUGCACCCAUUGGGCAUUGGGCAGAAUCACGCAGCUCUACCCAGGCAAAGACGGAAUAACACGGGCAGCCGACCUUAAGACAAUCAAUGGAGAAGUGAGACGUGCCGUAAAAACGCUAUGUCCGCUUCCUGUAGAUUAA